GAUAUACACAAAAAUGAACCGUUCCAUGAUUGCCCUUUGUGUUGUUUUGAUGGUAUCAUUGGUGUCGGCUCAGGUCUUCGAUUUGGAUGGACAACAGUUGGCUGGUCUCGAACAGAAUGAUGCACGUCUUAUGGAGCAACAAGUCAAACGGUCCCCGUCAGCCAAAUGGAUGCGAUUCGGUAAAAGAUCACCAUCAGCCAAGUGGAUGAGAUUCGGAAAACGAUCUCCAUCAGCAAAAUGGAUGAGAUUUGGAAAGCGUAGUGGAGCUGAAGCAGUUUCUGAACAGGAUUAUUAAUUUAUUGUUUAUAUUUUGUUUACUUCUAUCACCUUUUUUUCCCAUCGACCUAGAAAUCUGACCCAUCUUCUUCUCGUUAAUCACUCGACUUGGAAAUUUUAUUUUGUGGCUUAAAAAUAAUAUUUUUGGACAAAAAUACAUUAUUUUUGUUUCAGGAUACAACUGUGUAAUGGCUACUGAAUAAAUGUGAUCUUUGUUA